UGUCUAUACGUCAGGCGACGUUGUUGUGGGAGCUUGUUUCAAGUGAGCCGAACGCAUUUAAGAAUGAAUGCUGCCACGAUUUUUUACCUUCUGGCCAUCGUCUUUUCUGCAAUGGCCUCGGCACAGGUGGACGUCAAGGACUGGUACCAUGGCGUGGACUUCGAAGCGGGCUGCCGACCGGCACCUGUAAUCGGUCUGUGCAAGGCUUCCUUUGUUCGCUGGUAUUUCGACGUGACUGCCGGCGAAUGCAAGCAGUUCAUCUACGGAGGCUGCGGCGGCAACCAGAACCGAUACGAAACCGUGAGAGAGUGCGAGAUCGCCUGCCUCCGUUGAGUUAUCUGGAUGACGUUCGCAGCAGAAAGCGGCUUGGACAGUUGCAUACACCCAAGAAGUAUCAACGUGCACCCUUGCCGAAAUAAACUGGCUCUGCGAUGUUAAA